AUGGCAAUAAUUCCUGUGAUGCUGAGAAGGAAAGGAAGUAGUCCCGCUAUCAGAACCUAUGCCUUUCUGGAUCCUGGAAGCAGUGUUUCCUUCAUCACUGACAGCAUGAAACAGAAGUUAGGAUGUGAGGGUAAAAGAUUAAAGAUAACUCUGGAGACCAUGGGACAUCCACACUCUAUGAUAACCUACAGUAUCAACCACCUGGAAAUUGACUCUGAGAUAGGUAUACUAAUAGGCAACACUGUUCCAGAUGCCUAUUCUCCUCUGCAUGUCAAAAGGGGACCUCAAGGAAGUCCACAUGCAACGUUCACCAGACUGGGAUGGGUAGUGUGCAAUGUGGUGAGACAUACUCCUGUCAACAGAGCUGAUAUAACUGCUAUUCAGGAAAUAGAAGAGUUGAAGAAACUUGGUCAGCUUGUCCAACAGUCAAUCAACUAUGACUUCCCAGAACGUGUCAUCGACGACAAACGCCAGCCAUCACACAAUGAUAUCAGAUUUUUGGAGAAGGUCAAGGAGAGUAUAACACUAAAUGAUGGACAUUACACAAUACCCCUUCCAUUCAAGAGUGACUCAGUCUGCCUCCCAGACAAUCACUACCAAGCCUAUCAGAGACUGAUGAAUCUGAAACAGAAGAUGAAGAGAAAUGAUGGCUUUCUCAGCGACUACAAAGACUUCAUAAAUAACAUCCUGGAAAAGAACUAUGCUGAAAAGGUGUCUGAUGAUGAACUGAAACGUGACGAUGGAAAGGUAUGGUUCAUUCCUCAUCAUGGGGUGUAUCACCCUCACAAACCAGACAAGAUCCGAGUGGUGUUUGAUUGUGCAGCUACACAUCAAGGAACAGCACUCAACAAUCUACUGCUUCAAGGCCCUGACUUAACCAACAGCCUCAUCGGUGUAUUAAUGCGAUUCAGACAAGAGCCUGUAGCCCUAAUGGCUGAUAUAGAAUCUAUGGUACGAGUCCCACGAGAUGACAGAGACUUCCUCAGGUUCUACUGGUGGCCAGAUGGAGAUCUUCAAUCAGAACCUGCAGUAUAUCGCAUGUGUGUGCACUUGUUCGGAGCAGUAUCAUCGCCCAGUUUUUCGACAGCUGCUCUACGCCAAACUGCAGAAGAUAACAGAGAAAUGUUCAAUCCUCUCAUAACCAAUGUCAUCCUCAGAUCCUUCUACGUAGAUGACCUGCUGAAAUCAGUUGAGAAUGAAGACAUAGCUAAAUCUAUUGUAACUGAUGUGAGUGAACUGUGUGCAAGGGGGGGGGGGGGGGGGGGGGGGUUCCGUGUUACCAAAUGGAUGAGUAACAGACACACUGUAGUUGAGAGCAUACAACCUAAUGAGAGAGCAAAGAGUCUGAAAUCUAUCGACCUGAAAUCUGAUCAACUCCCUGUUGAAAGAGCUCUUAGUGUGACAUGGUCAGUAGAGAAAGACUGUUUUCAAUACACUAAAGUGAAAGACAAACAACCUACUAGAAGAGGAAUACUCUCCAUGGUCAGCUCAGUAUAUGAACCGUUAGGAUAUGUGUCACCAUAUGUCCUAGUUGCCAAGAUCCUGCUGCAGAAACUGUGUAGAGACAAUGUAGAAUGGGACAAGGAAAUAUCUGGAGAUGACAUGAAGAUAUGGCGAGAGUGGUUAAAUGGUUUAUCACAGCUCAACAACAUAAAACUACCCAGAUGUUUCAAGACAGAAGAGUUUGGAUCAGUCGUCACCUGUCAACUUCAUAUGUUCUCGGACGCCAGUGAUCAUGGUUAUGGAGUAGUCGCCUAUCUACGACUAAUCAACUCAAGAAAUGAAAUUCAUGUCUCCUUCGUCAUGGGGAAAUCAAGAGUAGCACCUCUGAAACGAGUGACUAUACCGAGGAUGGAGUUGACAACAGCAACUAUUGCAAUGAAACUCGGCAAAAUGAUCAUAGAUGAACUGGAAUAUAUAGUAACAGAAACUUUCUACUGGACAGACAGCUGGUCAGUACUCAGAUACAUUGCCAGUGACACCAACAGAUUCCACACAUUCGUUGCAAACAGAGUUCAGAUAAUCAGAGAAUCUUCAGACAAGAACCAGUGGAACUACAUCCAUACCAAAUCUAAUCCAGCCGAUGCAGCGUCUAGAGGUAUGAAAGUAAACAAGUUUCUCCAGGCUGAUAUAUGGUUUAAGGCUCCAGAUUUCCUAAGGAAACCAGAAUCAGAAUGGCAAGUCAACAGCAAUGAGAAAGAGUUGAUUCUUCCAGCAGAUGAUCCAGAGGUGAAAAGGACUGUAGCUACUACUACAUUUAAUGUAGCUCACUAUUCUCCACUUGACAAUCGGUUAAUCGGUCACUACUCAGAUUGGACCAGACUUUAG